AUGGUGAUUAGCUGGUUCACAGACCCCUCCAUGUGGGCGGUCCACGUGGGGCUAACGGAGCAGCCAGUCCACGGGGCUCAGUCUCUGGCUGUGGAGCAGAUCAUAUACCACGCUCGGUACAGGCCCAAAGGACUGGACUAUGACAUUGCCCUGAUGAAGCUGUCCACAUCACUUGCUUUCAAUGGCUUUGUGGAGCCCAUCUGCCUGCCAAACUAUGGGGAGGAGUUUGAGGAGGGCACCAUGUGCUGGAUCUCUGGAUGGGGAGCAACUGAGGAUGAGGGAGAGACCAGUGUUGUUCUGCGCUCGGCCAUGGUACCACUCCUCUCCACUAAGACCUGCAAUCAGCCAGAGGUUUACCAGGGCUUCAUCUCCUCCUGGAUGAUCUGUGCAGGAUACCUGGAGGGAGGAACUGACUCCUGUCAGGGGGACAGUGGAGGUCCUCUGGCCUGUGAGGACUCAGCAGUAUGGAAGCUGGUUGGUGCGACCAGCUGGGGCAUUGGCUGUGCUAUGAGGAACAAGCCUGGCGUUUACACUCGCAUUACACAGUCACUUAGCUGGAUCCGCCAACAGAUGGAGAGAGAAGAGGCUCUAAAUUCUCCAACUCUGAGCACAGACAACUGAGGCAGCUCGUUUCUUCUCACAGGAUUCUGUUUGGAUGUUUACACAUUUGACAAGAAAGAAAACUAUAGAGAUCCAACCAAAAUGGCCGAG